UACUUACUACAAACAAAUUAUCAAUGGCAAAGGUUUAUCCUAAUCAAGAAACCACAACAUCCUCUCAGUUUCACAAUCAGUACUAUCUUAGCUCCAAAAAAGAAACAUAUACUUUAUGGAUGAAAUCACUUGUUCUUCAUUCUAAUGGUUGCACUGUCUAUAAUUCAAAUGGUAACAUAGUUUACAGAGUUGAUAACUAUGACAGAAAAGGUAGAAGAGAAGUUAAUCUGAUGAAUCUACAAGGAAAUCUUCUUUGCACCAUCAAAAAAAGAUUACUAGCUCUUGGAUGUUGGGAAGGUCACAAAUAUUGCAACAAUUCUAAACAACCAUGGUUUGAAGUUAAGAAAUGUCUCACUCUCGCGGGGAAAAUAGCUUGCGAGAUUAAAGCAGGGUCCCAAAAUCUGUGCAUAGAGAGAAUGAGUAUUGGAAAAUCACUUGCUUUUCGGAUAGUAAACAAAUUAAACGGAGAAAUCAUAGCAGAGGCAAAGCAAAAACAAUCAUCUUCAGGAGUUGUUUUGAGUAAUGAUGUUCUAACUUUGGAUUUGGCAGCUGGAACGGAUCAUUCGUUAAUAAUGGCUUUGAUUACGGUCUACGGAUUAAUAUGCGGCUUAAUGUAGAUAGAUACUCGUUAAUUAAUUUCAUACUAGUAGGAUUUGAAAUUUUUGUAUAGUUUGUAUAAAAAGAUAUCACACCAUAUCUUACUAGAACAAUAGGAGUGAGUAAAUUAAGUAGCUAGUAAGAGAACAUAGCACUUUUUUUGUUCUUUUGGAAUGGUUUUUUUUAGUUUCAUCAGAAAUUAAGCUGUGUACAUCAAUUACUAUCCAGCUUGUACUUGUUCUCAAUGUUGCUUUAAUUGUGUAAUAUAUACUUAGCAAUUUUCAUAAA